GAAACCGCGCCCAAAAAAAGGAGAAAAGAAAGAGAAAUAAUUAUAAUCUCUCUUUCGUUUUCCAGCUCUUCUCCACCCACGUCUCCCUCAACAGCAAAAUUAAAAGGUCUUCUCGGCGAAAUCAUUGAAUCAGAAGCUAAUAUCCUGAUUCUUUCUAUCAAAUUACAGUCGCCAUGAACGUAUUGAAAGAUAAAGUUACCGAGAAACUCUCUAAUCUAUUUGCUGAUUCGCCUCGCAAAGCUUCGUCUCCUCGACCUUCUCCCUCUAAUACUCCCGAGGCCAGGCCAGAUUCUAAUGCUGGGAACUAUUUUUCAUCAUUUUUCUCCAACAUUAUUCCCACAAUAAGCUUUGAUGGAUCUAAACCAGAGAACCAACAUUACGAGCUCAGAGCAUAUCAAUCUCUUCCUGUUAGAUGGAGCAGCGAUGAGAAGCUCAUUACAUAUGAAACUGGUGAACUGGAAAAGAAGUAUAUUGAUGAUAAGAAAUUUAGUUCAGUGAGCAAUGACAAGCAAAUGCUUACUAUUGAGGAGGACGGAGGUCCUGCUUCUGGAAGGAGCAGCAGUGAUUCUGAUACAUUUGAAGAAGCAACUGAACAGCAUAGUCGAGGAAAGCCAUUAUUUGAUCUCUCAGAUGACUCUGUUUUUAUUUCCCCAGAUUUGUCAGAAUUCUUGCAGUCUUGCCUUCCUAAUAUUGUGAAAGGCUGCAAAUGGAUUUUAAUGUAUAGCACGUUGAAGCAUGGUAUAUCUCUUCGUACGCUUAUUCACAAGAGCGCUGAGCUUUUUGGUCCCUGUUUGCUGAUUGCUGGAGAUCUGGAGGGAGCAGUUUUUGGUGCAAUGUUAGAGUGUCCCCUGAAACCUACUCCAAAGAGAAAAUAUCAGGGAACAAACCAAACAUUUGUAUUCACAACAAUACAUGGUGAACCUCGGCUAUUUAGACCAACUGGUGCCAACCGAUAUUAUUACAUGUGUUUGAAUGACUUACUAGCACUUGGUGGUGGUGGCAACUUUGCUCUGAGCUUAGAUGGAGAUCUGUUGAGUGGAACUAGCGGACCAUGUGAUACAUUUGGAAGCUCAUGCUUGGCUCAUAAGUCAGAAUUUGAAUUAAAGAAUGUUGAGCUUUGGGGAUUCGCGCAUGCAUCACGGUACUUAUCCUGACCCAGGGUUGAGAUUCUUGGCUCCAUUGGUUUUACUAAGAUAUUUUUUAGUCCCAAUUAUUUAUUUUUUCAUAUUUUGUUCCCCUUGUCGCCUUCCCUCUCAAGUCUUGAUCAAAGAGGGCUGUAAAAUAUAAUAUUAAUAUCUGACAGGUGGCCGUUAAUUAUUAAGGUUUUGGUCGGCUCAUGGCUAUUUUAUUCA